AUGACGGAUAAGGAUCAGCAACAACUUCAGAAUCUUGUAUUCUCAGCAGAGUUAAACGUUGAAAAUGAGAACCUUGAACAACUUGGUCCUAUUAUAAAAACUAUUUAUGAUACUGGUAGACAAGAAGCUUUCCUUGAACAAUUGGCAAUUUUUGUUAGAAGAAAAGACAGCGAAAUAGAGAGAAUGUGUAAUAGUAAUUAUCAGGAAUUUAUACAAUCGGUGGAUCAAUUAUUAAAAGUCAGACAAGGAACCGUUAAUUUAAAGAAUAAAAUCAUUGAUUUAAAUUACGAUGUACAAAAUUCCGGGAAAAAAGUCGCAUCAAAGACGCGAAGAAUUCAAAAAAACAUUGAUGAUGCCGUCGACACUUUACAAUCAUGCUUACAUGUACUUGACAUGGCAAAUCGUGUAAAUUAUUUAGUAGAAGAAAGAAAAUAUUAUUCGGCUUUAAGGACAUUGGAAGAAUUGCAGACCAUUCAUUUGCGGAAAGUCAUACAAUAUGAUUUUGCCAAGCAUAUGCAGGAAUCUAUUCCUGUUAUGCAAAAUAAUGUAAAAGAUGCUGUGACAAAAGAAAUGAAAGAAUGGUUGUUCAAAGUUCGUCAAGUAUCCAGGCAAGUUGGUAGAAUUGCUAUGGAACAAAUGAAAUUACGUCAAGAACGUUGGAAGUUAAAAGUUGAUCAAAAUCCUGAUUUACGUUCAGUUCCAGUUAGUUCGCCAAUAGAGAUGGUGAUGAACGAAGAAAAUGAAUUCAAUAUUGUUAGUAACGAUCAAGUACAUAUUGAUUUCAAACCAUUAUAUCAAUGUUUACAUAUUUAUGAGGAACUUGGAAAACGAAGUGAAUUUAAAACAAAUUAUGAAGAGGAUAGAAGGGCCCAGUCAAAUUUGGUCUUGUCACAAUCAUUCACAUUGAGGGAAGGCAAUGAAAAGGGAUUUGAAGCUUUCCUUCAUGAUAUUGUAGGAUUCUUUGUAAUCGAGCAUGUGAUUGUACAUUCUACACAAAAUUUUCGAUCUCAAACGGAAGUUGAUAAUUUAUGGGAUUCAGUGAUUGCCAAAGUUGUUAAGAUUGUUAGCGAAAGUCUUGAUGGAUGUCAUGAUCCAAAUUUAUUCAUACAAAUUAAAUUUUCUUUAUUUACUUUUAUCCAAACCUUGGAGGAUUAUGGGUAUAAUGUUGAUGCAUUUACAGAUUUGAUCUUAACAGUAUUUCAAAGAUAUUCUGAUAUGUUAAAACAAAGGUUUUUGGAAGAAUUCCUCCAGACACUUCUAUAUGAUGAUUAUAUGCCAAUGCCUAUUAAUAAUCCAGAAGAGUAUGGGGCAGUUGUUGACGCUUGUUGGUUUAAAGAAGAUCAUCGCAUUAGUCAGGGAUAUCCAAGAACCCUUCCCUUUUCACAAGCAUAUCCUUCUUGUUGCUUGGACAUUAAGAAAUUUGUGGACCAAUAUUAUACAUUUGCAGAAGGCGAUUCUCGACAAUAUAGUACAGUAGAUGAUAUCGCGAAACAGACAUUAGAUAAUUUGUUAAUAGAACAUGUUAAUGGUGUUCUAACGAGUAAAUUGGAAAGUCAAAAUAUGUCACAGAUUGUGCAAAUUAUAAUUAAUCUUGAAUAUUUUCAUGAUGCCUGUGGAGAAUUGGAAAAAUUAUUGAAAGCAAAAAGGUCGUCUCAUCGUGGGGGUGUGAUUAAAUUGAGAGCUGCUGAAGAAUUUCGCGAGACCAGUAAAAAGGCAGAGAAACGUAUCUUUGAACUUGUUAAUUCAAAAAUCGAUGAUUUCUUAGAAUUAGCAGAUUACGACUGGAUUCCGGAUUCUAUCCAAGUUCAUCCUAGUUUUUUCCUUCACGACAUGGUAAAUUACCUCACGGCUGUUAUUAGUUCAACAUUAUAUAAUCUUCCGAUGUCAAUCAAGAUUUUUAUUUACUUUAAUGCGUUAAGUCAUUUGGCCUCUUGUUUAUGCGAACUGAUUUUAAGCCCCGACAUCAAAAGAAUUAAUGCAAAUGGUGUUGCAAAUUUUGAAGUUGAUGUCACGUUUCUUGAAAAUUUUGCACGGAAACUAGAAGAUCCUAAUAUCGCUGAUGCAUUUUUAGAAUUGAGACAGAUCGUUACUCUUUUACAAUCCGAAAAUGUUGAAGAAUAUUUGGUUCCUUCUACAAGAAAUAGAAAAUACUCAUUACUUAAGCCUGUGGAUGUUGUUAAUCUAUUUGACAAAUGGCUAAAGGAUCAAUCGAUUUUAACUAUGCAACCUGAAGAGAGAAAUAAAAAACGAGCAAUGGAGAGUGUUGUGAGAUCUCUGAGAAGUUCGAUGUAA